CAAGCAAGAUGUAAUUGCGAACCUUCUGCCCAUCGACGCUUAACGUUGACUGCCAGUAGACGCCUUUUACAUUUGACCACUAUUAAUGUGGCUGUCUGAACUUUCCAGUGUUCAUUUUCAUUUGGAACUUCCCAAACAAAAGUUACUUGAGACAAAAGGCUUUCUCCACUCUAUGCUUGUCAAAUACGGUGUCUUAUCAUAUAAAUAUCAUAAGUUUUACAUGCAUACUUGCAAAUAAUGCACAACAGGUACACUUAAACUAAGACAGAAAUCUAGAGUAAGAGAGAGAGAGAUGGAAAUAAUGGAGGGCGUAGUGAUAGUUGGAGGAGGAAUAGCAGGAGUGGCCACUGCAGUGGCAUUGAAGAGAGUUGGGGUUCGAGCUUUGGUGUUAGAGAAAUCAGAUGGGUUACGAGCCACUGGUGCUGGCUUGACCCUCAUGCCAAAUGCUUGGCUCGCCCUCGAUGCUCUUGGCGUUUCUCAUAAGCUUAUUCCCCUUUAUUCUUCUCCCUUAGUGGGAUCUAUAACCAAUGUUUCUAAUGGAGCUGUUCAAGAGGUCGCAUUCCCUGUAAAUGAAGGAGGACCUAGAACAGUUCAUCGCAAAGCUCUAUUAGAGGCAUUAGCAGAGGAACUGCCAGCUGAUUCAAUAUGAUUUUCUGCCAAGUUCACUUCCAUUGAGAUGCAAGAACAAGGAGGUGUUUCAAUUCCUGUUUUACAUUUGGAAGAUGGAACUACCAUCAAAUCAAAGGUUUUGAUAGGGUGUGAUGGGGUGCAUUCUGCGGUUGCACGGUGGCUUGGACUUUCUGCACCAAUCCAUUCAGGCAGAUCAGCUGUGCGCGGAUUGGCUGUUUACCCACAAGGCCAUGGAUUCAAGCAAGAAAUGAAGCAGUUUGUGGAUGUAGGCAUAAGGGCUGGUCUAAUUCCUUUAAAUGACAAAGAGCUGUACUGGGGUUUAUCUUGCCUUGAAGGAGAAAGCAUGCCAAGAGAUCCAGAACUAAUACAAAAGGCAGUCAUAGACAAGUAUGCAAAAUAUUUUCCUUCGGAAUUCUUGGACGUAGUUCGGCACGCUGAUCUCUCAACAAUAACAUGGGCACCAUUGAUGUUGAGGCAUCCAUGGAAUGUGAUAUUUGGAAACCUAAGCAGAGGAAGCGUGACAGUAGCUGGUGAUGCCAUGCACCCGAUGACACCUGACCUAGGACAAGGUGGGUGUUCAGCACUAGAGGAUGCUGUCGUCCUGGGCAGACACAUUGGCAACUCGUUCAUAAAAAACGGAAGACUUGUUGAAAAGGAUAUGCCUCGAGCCAUUGAUGGGUAUGUUAAAGAGAGAAGGUGGAGAGCUGCUGGGUUGAUAACAGGGUCAUAUCUGUCAGGAUGGGUUCAACAGAGUGGGUCUAAUUGGUGGAUGAAGUUCUUAAGAGAUUUCAUAUUCUACGGUUUCCUCUUUCGCAAGGUAUUCAAUUCUGUAGUUUAUGAUUGUGGGAAACUGCCUACUGCUUCUGAUGAUCAACUGCACUCCGGUAAUAAAAUAGACUAGAUUUUCAUCCACAAAUUGCUCAUCUGGAUCCGUUUGAAUUAGAGUUUUGGCUUUGGUGUCUUUAUGCAUUUUAUUUUUGUGAUUUGGUAACUUUGUUUUGUUUAUUUUAGUUCAGUAUGUUUUUGGAUGAUAUGCAAAUUAAUACAAAUCAGAGAAAAAUAUUUUGCGCGUC